AUGGGCUCCCGAUUAGAAGCCAACUCUGCAAAUGUACGCAAGAGGAUUGAGAACCAUACAUUCGACGAUGAGCAAGGGGAAGAAUAUGAGGCCUCCAAAUUUGGAGGGUUUCCCGACUAUUUUCGGCGGAAAAAGCUCAAGCUUCAGAACCUUGAUGUGGAGCUUCGGUCUCGGUCAACUCACAAUCCACAUAUCUUCAAAGGAGUCGUUGCACACGUCAAUGGCUACACUCAGCCUUCACUCAACGACCUUCAUACUUUAAUAGUGAGCUACGGAGGUGGAUUCAUGCAAUACCUUGAUGGCAAGACAGCCGUUACGCACAUCAUCGCAAGUAAUCUGACGCCUAAGAAGAAGGUUGAAUUCGCCAGAUAUCGAAUCGUGAAACCUGCAUGGGUGGUGGAUAGUGUCAAAGCAGGGAAAUUGCAGCCUUGGGAUGCAUAUAGAGUGGUUGAUGAGGGUGUUAAGCAGAAAGUACUUGGAUUCGACAACGGACGUGUUGUCAGCCAAUCUAAUAAACUGCAAUCAAGCUAUCGAGAGCAAACAGAGUCGAGUUGGUAUACGUCGCAAAUACGAAAUGAUGCCGAAGGCCCCGUCGAGGAUGCUCCCUUGAGCGAAAGUACAGAAGCUAAGCCAGAAUAUCCGGACCCAGCUCCUACCGCACAAACUCGAUUGCUUCCUCGUUCGGAAUCAUCAGCUGGGAGUGACACCUCUGCUGCUAUACUAACACCGACAACGCAAAAUGACGUAGGCUUCCUGGUUGACGAGUUUGGGACAGAGGACGUGGACGCGGAAGCUGGGGUCAAGGAAAGUGAGCUGAUGGCCGUCAAUCAGCAAUCGUUUCCCGCAACAGUGGAAGGAAACGCCACUUCUGAUAUGAGAGAAAAUUCUGCAAUCAGAAAACGUUGCACCUCUUCCGAGGACCCUAUGCACAAUUCUGGUGUACUUGCGCAGCAGGACACUGCAAUUGGGAAUGGAAAACCAAUGCUUAACGAAUCGAAAGAAUCGCCCCAGGAACGAACCAUGGACUCCUUGGGAAAGCGUAAUUUAACAGCAGAAGAGCAUAAUGCGCGGCUACUGUCAGAUCCUCACCUUGCUAAAUCGAGUACAGCAAAUCCAGACUUUCUAAACCAAUACUAUCGCGAGUCGCGUCUUCACCACCUGUCAACCUGGAAAUCAGAACUGAAGGCGCAACUGCAAGCGCUAGCAAGCGAGCAGACCUCGUCUCAGAAAUCACGACAGAAGCGACCCCCCGGAGCAAGAAGAUAUAUCAUGCAUGUUGACUUUGACAGCUUUUUCGCGGCUGUCAGUCUUCGAAAACAUCCGGACCUUGUGGACAAGCCUGUGGCCAUCGCUCAUGGCGGUGGACCUGGAUCUGAAAUUGCCAGCUGUAAUUAUCCAGCUCGCAGCUUUGGCGUCAAGAAUGGCAUGUGGAUGAAAUAUGCUUUACAGCUCUGUCCGGAUCUCAAAACGCUGCCUUAUGACUAUAAAGCUUAUGAGGAAGCAAGUCGACAUUUCUAUGAUGCCAUCAUUGCCACAGAUGGCAUAAUACAAAGUGUUAGUAUUGAUGAAGCUCUGGUCGAUAUAAGCAAUCAGUGCAUUGCUGCGGGCGGUAGCGACGGAAGAGGUGUUCUGGAAGGUUCCAUCUAUCGUGAACAAACAAAGGCUGACAAGAUCGCGAAUCACGUACGAGCUUUGAUCAAGGAGAAGACGGGCUGCGCAGUCUCAGUCGGUAUUGGCAACAACAUACUCCUUGCCAAGGUUGCACUCCGAAAAGCGAAACCUGCAGGUCAGCAUCAGAUCAAGCCUGAAGAAGCACUUGACUUCAUUGGGGAGCUUCUUGUUCACGAUCUUCCAGGUGUUGCACACAGCAUUGGUGGCAAAUUGGAAGAGAUCGGUGUCCAGUAUGUCAAAGACAUCAGAAGCUUGACAAAAGAGCGCUUAGUGAGCGUUUUGGGUCCGAAGACGGGUGAAAAAUUGUGGGAUUACUCACGUGGAAUAGACAAGGUAGAGGUUGGGGAUCAAGUCAUCAGGAAGUCCGUCUCGGCUGAGGUGAACUGGGGCAUAAGGUUUGUGACCCAACAGCAAGCCGAUGAAUUCGUUCAAUGUCUUUGCGAUGAACUCAGUCGGAGGCUGCUUGAGCAGGGGUUCAAGGGUCGACAUCUGACAAUGAAGAUCAUGCGAAGAGCAGCUGAUGCCCCACUCGAUCCGCCCAAGAAUCUGGGACAUGGCAAAUGCGAUACCUUCAACAAGAGCGUGGUACUUGGAGUGGCUACGAAUGACAAAGCUCUUCUUGCUAAGGAGGCUCUUUCGAUUUUGAAAGGGUUCGCAUUCUCUCCAGGCGAAUUGAGGGGAUUGGGUGUUCAGAUGCAGAAGCUGGAGCCUUUAAAGCCUACAGGGAUUUCGGUCCCACCGAAUGCUGAUAGCAGCCAGCGGAAAUUGCAGUUCAAGCAGCCCUCUGCUACGACAUCUCAACAUGCACGGAAUCCUUCACCGCUCGAGAAUGUUCAAUCGUCUGCAUCGCCAACGCUCCUCAAGAAGCCCACAAAACUUCAGCAUCAUCCUGAUCCCAUUGAGCGGAGCCCGACGCCGGAAGAACAGAGACGUCCUGAGCCCAUCAAAGGCGCUCUGUCCUCGACACGUACUGAAACCUCAGACGCCAAGUACAAGCCCCUGAAUAUCACCGGAACACAGUUUGUCCUACCGUCACAGAUCGAUCCAUCCGUGCUUGCCGAGUUGCCUCCUGAUGUCCGUUCGAAGCUUGCUCCAAAGCAGAAACGAAUUAUUGACGCUCUAGUGCCACAACACCAGCCACACUCGCCUCCAAGGUCCCGAUCUCAGUCACCAUUUGCUUCCGUUGCAGACCUUCCUAACCAAUCCCAGCUAGAUCCUGAGACCUUGAACGCCCUGCCCGAAGACGUGAAGAAUGAGCUGCUAUCUUUCUACCACUCCGAAGCUUCAAAAUCAGAUUCUCCAAGCCGCCAACGGCAAUCACUGCCUCACUCGCCACGAAAACCAAAGUCAGGCCUUGUAGCCAAGAAGCUGAAUCUCACACCCACCAAAAAGCACAAAACCUCCACUCUCCUAGGCAGAGGCAGAGGCAGGCCACCAAAGACCAUCUCGAAUUCCAGCACUACAUCUACCCUCACUCAGUCCAACUUCGUCGCCAAUCCUAUCAACAACAGCAAGAGAUCCUUCCCUCGCCCAACAGAAACAGCCACAGAUCACUCCGAACCAGAUUCCGAUCCUCAACCAGCACCACCAGCAGAGAUAUCUGAGUCCUUUCUCUCUGCCCUGCCACCAGACCUCCGCCGUGAAAUCCUAGACCAACAAAAACGGGAACGUCUCAAACAGCGCUCUGGUCUCGACAUCUCCACCUCGAAAAGACCGCUUGCCCAGCGAGCUCCGGCUGACCCACCUGGUGCAGGCCAGCGAAAACUCGUCCUUCCUCCACGCGAUGAGAUCCCGACCUUCACGAGCAGGAAACUCUCCACCAUUGAAGAAUUGAGGGAUGCGAUGAGCGGGUGGGUGGAGGAGUUCUCUGCUACGCCGGCCGAAACCGACGACGGCGACGGCGAAGCAGGGGAUGAGAUUGCGGGACCGUAUGACGAAGAUGUAGAAGCCCUGGCUACCUAUCUCGCCAAGGUGGUUACGGUGGAAGGGAAUAUGGAGAAGGCGGUUAGUGUUGUCACGUGGAUUGAGUGGUUGGUCGGGGAGCUGGAGGAGGAGAGACAGAGAGAUGCUUGGGAGCGCGUCUUGGAGCGGCUGAAGGCGCGUGUCCAGAACGCCGUGAGGGAGCGGGGUUUGGGAGUCGUGGAUUUUGGCUAG